AUGAAGACUGUUAGUGUUGCCUUAGUUUUGUGCCUAAACGUUGGUGUGGAUCCUCCUGAUGUGGUGAAGACAACUCCCUGUGCCCGGCUGGAAUGCUGGAUAGAUCCUCUGUCAAUGGGUCCUCAAAAAGCACUGGAAACCAUUGGUGCAAAUUUACAGAAACAGUAUGAAAACUGGCAGCCAAGGGCCCGGUACAAGCAGAGCCUUGAUCCCACUGUGGAUGAAGUUAAGAAACUAUGUACAUCCCUGCGUCGAAAUGCCAAGGAAGAGAGGGUCCUUUUCCACUACAAUGGGCACGGGGUGCCCAGGCCAACGGUGAAUGGGGAGAUCUGGGUCUUCAACAAGAACUAUACUCAGUAUAUUCCACUAUCCAUAUAUGACCUGCAGACUUGGAUGGGCAGUCCUUCUAUUUUCGUCUAUGACUGCUCCAAUGCUGGCCUUAUUGUCAAGUCAUUCAAGCAAUUUGCACUACAGAGGGAGCAAGAGUUGGAGGUGGCUGCAAUUAACCCUAAUCAUCCACUUGCUCAGAUGCCUUUGCCCCCGUCCAUGAAGAACUGCAUUCAGCUGGCAGCAUGCGAAGCCAGUGAGCUGCUCCCUAUGAUCCCCGACCUGCCGGCUGACCUUUUCACAUCAUGCCUUACUACGCCCAUCAAAAUCGCUCUGAGGUGGUUUUGCAUGCAGAAGAGUGUCAGACUGGUGCCAGGAGUCACACUGGAUUUAAUAGAAAAGAUUCCUGGAAGACUGAAUGACAGGAGAACUCCCCUGGGAGAACUGAAUUGGAUCUUCACAGCGAUCACAGACACCAUUGCAUGGAACGUCCUGCCCAGAGAUCUCUUCCAGAAGCUCUUCAGGCAGGACCUGCUGGUAGCAAGCUUAUUCCGCAACUUCCUGUUGGCAGAAAGGAUCAUGAGGUCUUACAACUGUACCCCGGUCAGCAGCCCACGUCUACCUCCCACCUACAUGCAUGCAAUGUGGCAAGCUUGGGAUCUCGCAGUUGAUAUUUGCCUUUCCCAGUUACCAACCAUUAUAGAGGAAGGAACUGCAUUCAGGCACAGCCCGUUCUUUGCCGAGCAGCUGACGGCGUUCCAGGUGUGGCUGACAAUGGGCGUGGAGAAUCGCAACCCUCCCGAACAGCUCCCGAUCGUUCUGCAGGUGCUGCUGAGUCAGGUGCAUCGGCUGCGAGCUCUUGACUUGCUGGGAAGAUUUUUGGACCUGGGUCCCUGGGCAGUUAGCUUGGCCCUCUCUGUUGGCAUUUUCCCUUAUGUGCUGAAGCUUCUUCAGAGUUCAGCUCGGGAGCUGAGACCACUUCUCGUCUUCAUCUGGGCCAAAAUCCUUGCAGUGGAUAGUUCGUGCCAAGCUGACCUUGUGAAGGACAACGGUCACAAAUAUUUCCUUUCGGUCUUGGCAGAUCCCUACAUGCCAGCUGAACACAGAACAAUGACCGCUUUCAUUCUGGCUGUGAUUGUCAACAACUACAAUACAGGGCAGGAAGCCUGCCUCCAAGGAAACCUCAUUGCCAUCUGCCUGGAGCAGCUAAAUGAUCCGCACCCUCUCCUGCGCCAGUGGGUGGCUAUUUGCUUAGGGCGGAUCUGGCAGAACUUUGACUCGGCCCGGUGGUGCGGCGUGCGAGACAGCGCGCACGAGAAGCUCUACAGCCUCCUCUCGGACCCGAUCCCAGAGGUGCGCUGUGCUGCUGUCUUUGCACUGGGCACAUUUGUGGGCAACUCUGCUGAGCGGACUGAUCACUCCACCACCAUCGAUCACAAUGUGGCCAUGAUGCUGGCCCAGCUCAUCAAUGACGGAAGCCCCAUGGUUAGAAAGGAGCUGGUGGUGGCUUUGAGUCACCUCGUGGUUCAGUACGAGAGCAAUUUCUGCACUGUUGCCUUGCAGUUCAUGGAAGAAGAGAAGAAUUACCCUCUGCCUUCUCCUGCUGCCACAGAGGGUGGGAGCUUGACGCCAGUCCGAGAUAGUCCGUGCACUCCGCGACUGCGGUCAGUCAGCUCCUAUGGGAACAUCCGAGCGGUCACCACAGCCAGGAACCUGAACAAGUCUCUGCAGAACCUCAGCUUGAACGAAGAACCCGGAAGCUCUGUUGCCUUCUCUCCGGGGAAUCUCAGCACCAGCAGCAGCGCCAGCAGCACCUUGGGCAGCCCUGAGAACGAAGAGUACAUCCUGUCGUUUGAGACCAUUGACAAGAUGAGAAGAGUCAGCUCCUAUUCCUCGCUGAAUUCACUGAUAGGAGUUUCUUUCAACAGUGUUUACACCCAGAUUUGGAGAGUCCUCCUUCACCUGGCUGCUGACCCUUAUCCGGAUGUCUCAGACCUGGCUAUGAAAGUGCUCAACAGUAUUGCCUACAAGGCAACAGUAAAUGCCCGCCCCCAGCGCAUCCUUGACACCUCCUCGCUCACCCAGUCUGCCCCCGCCAGCCCUACCAACAAGGGCAUGCACAUCCACCAAGUGGGAGGGUCCCCUCCCACUGCCAGCACGAGCAGCUCCAGCCUGACGAAUGAUGUGACCAAGCAGCCGGUCAGCCGGGACAUCGCAUCUGUGAGAUCUGCGAAUGUGGGCAACAUUGGGGUCCAGUACACACCCCACUCUCACCAGUUCCCCAGGACCAGGAAAAUGUUUGACAAAGGACCGGACCAGACCACCGACGACGCCGAUGAUACCGUGGGACACAAAAACUUCAUUUCGGCCACAAUGCAGACCGGGUUUUGUGACUGGAGUGCAAAAUAUUUUGCUCAGCCUGUCAUGAAGAUUCCAGAAGAGCACGACUUGGAGAGCCAGAUCCGCAAGGAGAGAGAGUGGCGGUUUCUCCGCAACGCCCGUGUCAGGAAGCAAGCGCAGAAGAUCAUCCAGAAAGGUAUUUCACGGCUAGACGAUCAAAUCUUCCUGAACAGGAAUCCGGGUGUCCCCUCCGUGGUGAAGUUCCACCCCUUCACGCCGUGCAUAGCAGUAGCUGACAAAGACAGCAUCUGUUUUUGGGAUUGGGAGAAAGGGGAGAAGCUGGACUAUUUCCACAAUGGGAACCCUCGCUACACCAGGAUCACGGCGAUGGAGUACCUGAAUGGCCAAGACUGUUCUCUGCUCCUGACAGCCACAGAUGACGGCGCCAUCAGAGUGUGGAAGAACUUUGCCGAACUGGAGAAGAAUCCCGAGAUGGUGACGGCCUGGCAGGGCUUGUCGGACAUGCUGCCGACCACGCGAGGUCUGGCCCGAAGGGUUUCAAUCUAUCUUGACAGAAGUAAGCAGGGAGCGGCUUUUGCCUUGUUCCAGUUACCGCAGAAGCUGACGUUAGAAAAAGAUAUGCAAAGAUCAGAGCAGGAAACUGGGCUUCUCAUGACGUCGGGAGAUGUGCGGAUUAUCCGGAUCUGGGACACAGACAGAGAAAUGAAAGUCCAGGAUAUCCCCACAGGAGCCGACAGCUGCGUGACCAGCCUGUCCUGCGAUUCUCAUCGCUCGCUGAUUGUGGCAGGGCUCGGCGACGGCUCCAUCCGUGUCUUCGACAGGAGGAUGGCUCUGAGCGAAUGCCGCGUCAUGACCUAUCGGGAGCACACGGCCUGGGUGGUGAAAGCCUAUCUGCAGAAGCAUCCCGAAGGCAACAUCAUGAGCGUCAGCGUGAACGGUGAUGUUCGUUUCUUCGACCCCAGGAUGCCGGAGUCUGUGAGGGUCCUGCAGAUAGUCAAAGGGCUGACUGCCCUGGACAUUCACCCGCAGGCCAAUCUCUUUGCCUGCGGCUCCAUGAAUCAGUUCACUGCGAUCUACAAUGGGAAUGGUGAGCUGAUCAACAAUAUCAAAUACUACGAUGGAUUUAUGGGACAAAGAGUUGGAGCCAUCAGCUGCCUGGCUUUCCAUCCUCACUGGCCUCACCUGGCAGUCGGCAGCAAUGACUACUACAUCUCAGUCUACUCGGUGGAGAAGCGGAUCAGAUAACAGCACACGGCAGCCUGGUCGGAGAGAGGGGAGCCCCAGCAGGCAGGGCCGCGUCUCACCUGUAUUGUACAUAGUGAAACUAUCAACUUGAAUGUUUAGUGUUGGCUGCUGCUGCAACCCAUGACUUGAACACAUUUUUUUCCUUCUGACUUAGCUACUGAAUGACUUUGAGAGAGGGGGGGAAAGAGAGACAACCUCCUAUUUUCUUUUCAGCUCUGUCGUCUCACAACUACAAAACAGGAAUGUUUACUUCGGGUUUUGGUGGUUGCUUCUCUGUUAGAAACACAGCUCCCCGGGCACAGCCGGACAGGAGGAGACAAUACCCUCGUGAGGAGCUUUUUACUCUAGUUUUUGUUCCUUUGUUCUGCUGGACCGUAGAUUGCUUAAGAAAUGAAGUCAAGACUUGCUUGCUGCUCUUUGCGUUCUGACUCAGCCCCGAGACCUCUCUGGCGGCCAUCUGCCCUGUGCUGAGCAGGAGCCCUUCUGGCAGGCAGGUGGAGCCCAGUCAGUCGCCUGUGGACUAUUGACACCUGCUCUUGAGUGAUCUGUGUUUGUAAGAGAGAGAAGUGAAAGAGGAAACCGUCGGCCCUACGUGCAGGCCAACCCCCUGCUGCUCCCGCUCGGGGAGGGCACAGACGAAGCAAGCAGAAGAAUCUGCCUGGCAGCAAAGAGGAGCAGGGCUCGGAGGGCAGGGGGUUUUCAGGAGCUGAGAGAAUGGAUGGGAAAUGGGUGACAUCCUUAGGACGCUGAGGAAACUGCAGAGAGUCACCAGUGGAGCUCCGUGUUAAUGAGCACACACCCGUGGGAUUGAGGGGAAGGGGCAAGAGUCCUUUCUGUCUCCCUCGCUCCGCUCUUCUGGUAAUCACAGUCCUUUUACCCACGGAAAACUCCACCGACGCGUGAGACGACGUCACAGCUCUGCACAGGCAGCGAGGAGGCUCCAGACUCAUUUUACCACUGCCUUAAACCACAGGCUUUCAUCUCACUCAGACGUGCUAAUAUUCCACUAGCUAACGGACACAGAUGCUUAGACGCGUGACUGCACGCGUCCAGCUGCAUAUAUGUGUGCAUCCAAAUGCACGCCUGGUCAUGUGCAUCUGGCUAUAUGUGCGUGUUUCUGUAGGAGUCGGGGCAGAUUGGUGUGCGCUGCUGUCCUGGUGUGCAUGUACGCACCUGGGCAUGGGCACACGUGUGUUAUAAUCACGAGAGAAGUGCUGCUGUCCCGCAGGGAGAGAGGGCAAGCAGCAGCUUGUUCUCCCUGGCGCCUGCCCCUGUCCUCUGGGGAAGGCUACGAUCAGACCUCCCACCCUUCCCGUGCCUGCGUGUAACAAAUGCUUCUGUCCCUCAUAAUCCACAACGCAUCUGGAGAUCAGUGUUUGGAAAGAGGCAGCCAUGACCAAGGGAAGAUUUCCCCAUCACAUAUGGUCUAGGUGCGACUAAACCAGGCAAGGAGACCACUGUCCCCCCCACCCCACCCCCCGCUGCAAAAAUAACCACAAGGACAAAGCUAAAUGAUCCCAACGUAGAGGACUCGCGCAGUGCUGCUUCUGGCUGCUGUCACCAUCCUGGCUGGGCAGCAGAGGCCCCAAAAAACUCCUGCUGCUGAUGAGGCCGAGGAUGAUGCUAGCGUUCGUGAGAAGGGAGAAGAACAAUACCGAUCCCUCGCCUUGCGGACACCAGCUUUGCCUAGCCAGCAGAACCUGGCUGGGCGUUCCCAGUGUCGUCGCCGGUCAUGACAAGCCAGCUCAUCUCCUUCCUGGAGGCAGCGUCUGGUACCCGGGCAGUGGGGCUGCACCGCGGUCUCCAAACUGACCGUUGGGUACUAAGACGACAAGCCAAAUAGCAGAGCUUCGUAGGCAGAUCUCAACGCACUCCGUUAACAGGGUUCCUUGAGCUGUUGAGACUGAGGCAGAGGCCAAAGCAACAUGCUGCUCCCACCUUUGAGCACAAGUGUAUUCUUCUCUACACUAGAAAUGGCUGCAGGCCACCUUGCAGGGACACUAUAGCAAACCCUCAAUGAGGAAAUCUACCUAAAAACCCAUUUUUCUGAUACGUGGGCUACCAAUAGUCAUGCCUCUUGGUGGCCCAUUGAGCUGCUGUUAUACACAGGUGUACGUGGCCGGCGAUCGAUGGCAGCGGUACGCGUUCUUGAACCUCUAAUGACCGCACCUCGUCCCUCUGUGUAUGGCACUGAGCUCAGGGAAUGGCCGAUGACGGGCUUGCUGGCAAGUGUUGAACCAAGAGUUGGGGAUCUCCAAUUAACUGAUUAACGUACACAGCUUAAAAACAAACCAUAGAUUUUUAACCUGUAUCAGUGUAUUUGUUUAAAGAACAAGAAGUACCUGGCAAAAUGCAAAGGUGCACUGCGGGAAGCUGCUUUUCCUUCACACCAGCAUUCCCUGAGUGCCCCCCGCCCCCAGCCUGCACAGCCAGGAAACGUGGUUUUUAACUGACUCAGCCUGUUUAGCUUUCAUCUAAGCGUGUGUGUGUGUGUGUGGGCUGUAUUUUUACAGGUCUGAUGCAGAAAUUCAAUCAUGAAGUUAACCAAGGAUCUGGAGAGCAUCCUACCUAAAAGUUCACUUAUCUCUAUUUAUUUUACAAAAAGAAAAAAAAGCUAUUAAAAAAAGAAAGAUGAAAUAAAUAAACCACGCGAUUGCAAUGUGAGAGUAAAAUGAUUACAGACAAUAAAUGGUUAAUAAAAAAGACAUGCAGAAGUG